AUGGUGCUGAGCCUGCUGCUGUCGGCCUACCAGCUGUGCCGCCUGGCCAUGCCCGAGCCGGGGGCGGCGGCGGGCUGGUGGGCGGAGGGGCUGGACGGCGACGACCUCCCGCCCGGGCAGGGCGCGGCCAUCCAGGCGGCCCUGGAGCGGAGCCUGCCCGAGCUGCACCAGGCUGUCUCGGCGGCCAAGCAGGCGGCGGGAGCGGGGGACCUGCAGGCGCGGCUGGGCGCCGUGCUGGCGCUGGUGGAGGAGGCCUGGGGGCUGCCGGCCGUGGGGCGCCAGGUGGCCAAGGGGCUCUGCGACGCGCUGCGCCUGGAGGGCGGCCUCGACCUCCUGCUCGACCUGCUGCGCGGCGCAGAGCCCGAGAGCCGGAAUCGCGCGGCGCAACUGCUGGAGCAGGUCCUGGUGGCCGAGAACAGGAACCGGGUGGCUCGGAUCGGCCUGGGGGUGGUGCUGAACCUGGCCAAGGAGCGGGAGAGCCUCCCCCUGGCCAGGAGCACCUCGGGCAUCCUGGAGCACAUGUUCAAGCACUCGGAGGAGACCUGCUUCCAGCUGAUCGCCAACGGAGGCCUGGACGCCAUCCUCUUCUGGUGCCGCUGGAAUGACCCCGUGGUGCUUCGGCACUGCGCCGCCGCCUUGGCCAACUGUGCCAUGUACGGCGGGCAGGCCAACCAGCGGCGGAUGGUGGAGAAGAAGGCCUCGGAGUGGCUCUUCCCGCUGGCCUUCUCCAAGGAGGACGACCUGGUCCAGUUCCAGGCCUGCCUGGCCAUCGCCGUGCUGGCCACCAACAAGGAGAUCGAGAAGGAGGUGGAGAACUCGGGCACGCUGGCCCUGGUGGAGCCCUUCAUCGCCACCCUCGACCCGGGACGCUUCACCCACAGCUGGCUGGGCAGCAGCGAGAACAGCCAGGGCCGGACGGCAGACGACUUGCAGUACCUGGUGCCCCUGCUGGACAGCUCCCGCCUGGAGGCCCAGUGCAUCGCCGCCUUCUACCUCUGCGUGGAGGCCGCCAUUAAAGGCCAGCAGAAGAAGACCGAGAUCUUUGCAGAGAUCGGGGCCAUCCAGAGCCUGAAAAGGAUCGUCUGCUACUCGGCCAACGGCACCACCUCCAUGCUGGCCAAGCGGGCGCUGUGCACCAUGGGUGAGGAAGUGCCCCGGCGUCUCCUGCCCACGGUGCCCAACUGGAAGACCCCCGAGGUGCAGAAGUGGCUCCAGCAGAUCGGCUUUCUCAAGUACUGCCCACGCUUCCUGGAGCACCAGGUGGACGGAGACCUGCUCCUCAGGCUGUCCGAGGAAGACCUGCUGACCGACCUGGCCAUGAGCUCCAGCAUCACCCGCAAGCGGUUCUUUCGGGAGCUGACGGAGCUGAAGACCUACGCCAAUUACUCCACCUGCGACCGCAGCAACCUGGCUGACUGGCUGGCCGGCGUGGACCCCAAAUUCCGCCAGUACACCUACAACCUGGUCACCUGCGGCAUCGACCGGAACUUCCUCCACCGCGUCACGGAGCAGCAGCUGCAGGACGACUGCCGCAUCGGGCUGAGCUUCCACCGCGUCCGGAUCCUCUCUGCCGCCCGGGAGUUUGCCCAGCAGGGCCUCAAAGGGUCCUCAAACCCACCUGAAAGCAGCUUCCCUGAGCCAGUUAAAUAUGCUGAAUGA